UUUUCUCGGCCAUCGCCAUUUUCACUAACCACGGAGCAACGUCAGUACGUCACUGGUUGUCGGACACCAAAUUUGCUGCAUAUCAUUUGGCGACUCUUGGCAUCAUCAUCGACUCAUCGUUCCUACCCUCGUUAGUCCUUCCCGCUUAGUGCUAAACCUCGCUCGAUCCUUAUUCCUUCGCCAUUUGCCUAUCGCUGGACGCUGAUCAGUGAUCAACUGAUCACCGCUCCUCUCCCCGCUGGAACUCCGGAAGCCUGGAAUCGCCAAUCAGCUCAGCGCUGUCAGCUAUGGAAUCCAACCAUGUAAAACACAGCAUCUUAAUGGUAUCAGACUUUUUUUACCCAAAUUUCGGUGGUGUAGAGAAUCACAUCUAUCUCUUAUCACAAUGCUUGCUUAAACUUGGCCACAAGGUUGUGGUCAUGACUCAUGCAUAUGCAAAUCGUUCAGGGGUAAGAUACAUGACAAACGGAUUAAAAGUCUAUUAUGUCCCUUGGAAACCAUUUCUAAUGCAAAACACAUUACCAACAUUCUAUGGAACACUUCCAAUUGUGAGAACAAUCAUCAUUCGUGAAAACAUCUCAUUAAUCCAUGGUCAUCAAGCCUUUUCAACUCUUUGUCAUGAAGCUUUAAUGCAUGCAAGAACAAUGGGCUACAAAGUUUUAUUCACUGAUCAUUCAUUAUAUGGUUUUGCUGAUAUUGGAAGCAUUCAUAUGAACAAAGUACUUCAAUUUACUUUAGCAGAUGUGAGUCAAGCCAUUUGUGUCUCACAUACAAGUAAAGAAAACACAGUUUUAAGAUCAGGGCUUCCACCCGAAAAGGUUUUUGUUAUCCCAAAUGCUGUAGACACAACCAUGUUCAAACCUGCUUCAGAAAGACUUGUUAUGGAUCCGAUUGUUAUUGUUGUCAUUAGUAGAUUGGUUUAUAGAAAAGGUGCAGAUUUAUUGGUUGAAGUUAUUCCUGAAAUAUGCCGUUUGUACCCCAAUGUGCGAUUCAUUAUUGGAGGAGAUGGACCCAAAAGGGUAAGAUUGGAAGAAAUGAGGGAAAAACAUUCUCUUCAAGAUAGAGUUGAUAUGUUAGGUGCUGUUCCACAUGCUAAAGUGAGAUCUGUUUUGAACUCUGGUCAUAUAUUCUUGAACAGUUCUCUUACAGAGGCAUUCUGCAUAGCAAUACUAGAGGCUGCUAGUUGUGGAUUAUUAACAGUGAGUACAUGUGUUGGGGGUGUACCUGAGGUUCUACCAGAUGAUAUGAUAGUUCUUGCUAAGCCAGAUCCUAGUGAUAUGGUUCAUGCAAUCAAAAAAGCAAUCAAGAUUCUUCCUCAAAUUGAUCCACAAGAAAUGCAUCUUCGUAUCAAAGGAAUGUACAGUUGGCAAGAUGUUGCCAAAAGAACAGAGAUUGUGUAUGAUCGUGCCUUAAAAUGUCCCGAUCAAAGCCUCUUGGAAAGACUCUCUCGGUAUCUUACAUGUGGUGCUUGGGCUGGGAAGCUUUUUUGUUUAGUUAUGAUUGUUGAUUAUAUCUUAUGGCGAUUAUUACAAGUGUGGCAGCCGGAUACGGAAGUUGAGGUGGUUCCUGAUUUAAACCUAAGCAGAUCCAAUCGUGUUACACAAGUUCACCCCUCUAAUGUAUCUAGUUAAAUUCACAAAUAUAUAAUCUGUAAAAGAAAAGGUGAAGAUUUCAAAAACUUGACAAAACUUGCAAUUUUGUGUAAACCAUGGGGACCAUUUAUGUAAAAGUUAAACAAUCAUCUCCACCAA